AUGGAUAUCGACAGCACGCAGCCGCACGUCGUGGACCAGAGAACGGACGAGGCCUCCACAGAUACUUUUCUUAACGAUCAAUACACGUCCUACGAGACCCACAACCAGCACCGAGACCUUCAGGCACAGUCAGAGCAGGAGGCACAUCCAACUGCAGAAGCUGCGACUCACGAUGCCUGGCAAUCUCAGAUAUUCCAAGUAUACGAGUGCAGCUUUGACAGCACAUCCAAUAGACCUGGCAACAACGGCGGCAUCGUCAAGACCUUCUCCACGGAGAGUCUCUUCAACAUGACCGUAGGUGAGAGUCGGGCCACGAUGGGGAUUCAAGACGACAACCUCAAGAUGACCAAUGGAAGCGAAAACAACUUUUUCAAGGCACUCAAAUGGUCUCCGGAUGGGUCGUGCCUCUUAUCUUCGUCCAACGACAACUGCAUGCGGAUAUUUGCUCUACCAGACUUGACAGCCGAACCCAAAGACACCCAACUGAACCCAGGAGUGCUGAUCAGGGAAGGGGAGGUCAUCUACGACAUAUGCUGGUAUCCUGGCAUGAACAGCGCCGAUCCUGCGACCUGCUGCAUCAUUUCUUCCAGUCGUGAUCAUCCAGUUCAUCUCUGGGAUGCCUUCACAGGAGAGCUAAGGUGCUCAUAUACGCUGGUAGACCACUGCGAAGUAAACUUUGCGCCCAAUGCCCUUUGCUUCAACCUGGAUGGCUCAAAGAUCUAUUGUGGAUCUAACAACAUGAUCCAAAUAUUCGACACCACGCGACCAGGGAAGGACUGUCAAAAGAAACCAACAGUACCCACACGCAAGAGUAAAAAAGGACAGAAGGGCGUCAUCUCUUGUUUAGCGUUCAACCCCGACCAUUCCGACCUCUACGCCGCAGGAUCGUUUCUAAAAUCGAUCGGGCUAUACGAUUCGAGAGCUGAAGAAUUACUGUUGCUCUUGAGGGACAAGAAUCAGCGUGCCAAUGGUCGACGUGGGAAGCCUUCGCCUAUAGUCGCCGCGAAUGACGAUGGUGCUGGUCCUGGAAAGAAUGGAAGCGACGCGACUUCAUCAAAGCCGAUGGGGGGGUUGACGCAGGUCCAGUUUUCCCCGGAUGGGCUCUACUUGUAUUCGGCUUCGAGACAGGAUCCGUUUAUUCGCUGCUGGGAUAUCAGAAAUACGGCUAACGUGCUGUUCAGACUGGAGCGACCGGGAGAAUUGACCAACCAGCGGCUUGGGUUUGAUGUCUCGAGCGAUGGAAGGUGGCUUUCCACUGGUGAUAUGAACGGCGACAUCUCUAUCUUUGACCUGAGCAACCCGACCAACCCUGAUUCAGAAAGACUGGCGUCACGGAUACGUGGACACAAUGAUGUUAUCUCGUCGGCAGCGUUCCACCCCACGGGAUCAAUGUUGGCAACCAACUCAGGUCAACGCAAGUAUGAACUUUCCGGCUCCAGCAACGCCGAUUCGGACUCGAACUCUGAUACAGAUUCGGACGACGAAGCUCUAAGUAACAGCGGUCAGGCGACAACAUCGAUUCAAGACAAGGAUUUUGAGCCAGCUGUGAUUGACAACUCGAUUUGUCUCUGGACUCUGCCUGGAGAGUAUGUAUGGUACGUCGAUGGUCAACGGUGGACCGGCCAGUCUGCUCAGGAAGGCACUACUGUAAACGGAGAGAGUGUGGCAGCGGGAGAUUCGACCAUGACACUAAAUGAGCGGAUAAUGUUUUCUUCGACGCCUUCGGGAGAUGUGCUCAUGGAAACCACAACAACAGCAACAGCAACAGAAGCAACGAGCUGUGAAUAA